AUGGAUGGCAACAGAGGUGAAACUGCCUCUGCCUCUGUCUUUGUUUUCACGGAGACAUGGCUCAGCGACAGAGUACCGGACACCGCUAUUCAGCUGAACGGGCUGGCCUCGUUUCGUGCCGACAGAAACGCAGCUCUGUGCGGUAAGACUCGCGGUGGCGGCCUGUGUAUUUACAUCAACGCGAAAUGCAUACAGACCACUCGUCAGGCGAUCAAAACGGUUCUGAAGCAGGUGAAAACCUGGCCAGCAGGAGCCACCUCUGCUCUUCAGGACUGUUUUGAGAGCACUGACUGGAACAUGUUUAGAGAGGCUGCAACUUACGGCGACUUCACUGACUUGGAGGAGUACACGUCAUCAGUGUCAAAGAGCAAAAGCAAAAGCACAACCAUGGUUCGUACUUGCUGUGUGAUCGGCUGCAAUGUUCGAUCUUACGAUCGGCAAGGGAAUAAGCUUGGGUUGUCUUUUUAUGCUUUCCCAACCUGGAAGCAAUUUCAAGGAGCUCAUGUAUCGGAUGUUACCAAACGAAGGCGUCGAGCCUGGAUAGCAGCCGUGAGACGAGCUGAUAUCAAGUUCUGUUCCAUCUCCCGGUAUCACUUGGUGUGCUCCAGACAUUUUCAUUCCGGGAAGCCUGCCUAUGAAAUGGAUCAAACAAAUCCAGACUGGGUACCAACGCUACACAUGGGGCACUCCGAAAUCCGAACAUCACAUGCAGACCAUCACAGGAGGCGAACACAACGGGAACAAAAGAAAGCACUAGUAGGAGGCUUUCACAAUGGAGCAGCAAAGUGUGAAGGUGAAGCCUCAGCAGAAGUUACCACAGAAGAGCAGCCAGACAUGGACACCACAGAAGAGCAACACCAUAACAACCCUGUGAUUUUGUCUGAGGGCCAGAUUUGUGAUGGACACGUAGAAGCAGAGGUAACAGGUGCAGAUGCAGAAAACGCUGAUCUCAGAGAGAGACAGACAGAAGAUCAAAGACCGACAAUUGAUUGUGUGCGCUGUGUACAGAGCAGAGCAGAAAUAAACCGGCUGCUGGAGGAGAACAGAAAGCUUAAAUCACUGUUGGACAAGACAGAGAUGAAUGAAAACUUUUUACAGGGUGACACGGAAAAAGUGAAAUAUUACACUGGUCUUACUUGUUUUGCUAUUUUUAUGUCUGUGCUAGACAAUGUAAAAGCUUUCCUACCAGCAUCAAAGAAACUGUCACAUUUCCAAAUGCUUUUACUCACACUUAUGCGACUUAGACUUGAUCUUCCUGUCCAGCAUCUUAGUUAUCUAUUCAAUGUCUCCCACAAAACUCUUUCUUCUGUCUUUGCUGAUACAAUUGACGUUUUGUAUGCCCGCUUAGGAAUACUUGUACACUGGCCAGAAAGGCACUGUUUGCAAGCAACAAUGCCUCCACAAUUUAUGGAAACUUUUGGAAAUCGGGUAGCCAUCAUUGUUGACUGUUUUGAAAUUCGUACAGAACGACCAUCUAAUUUAAAGGCUCGUGCUCAAACGUACUCGCACUACAAGGGUACACACACCAUGAAAUACCUGAUCGGGAUUACUCCCCAAGGUGCAAUUUCAUUCAUUUCUAAGGGGUGGGGGGGCCGUGCAUCAGAUAAACACAUCACAGAGCAAUGUGGCAUACUUAACAAGCUGUUACCAGGGGAUGUAGUUUUGGCUGACAGAGGCUUUGACAUCAGAGAUGCGGUGGGAAUGAUGUCUGCGGAGGUUAAGAUCCCAGCAUUUACAAGGAGCUUCUGUCAACUAGAUGCCAAGGACAUUGAAAAUACACGAGCCAUUGCACACCUAAGAAUCCAUGUCGAGCGAGUAAUUGGCAGUUUGCGCAAUAAGUUCAAAAUGCUACAUACCACCAUGCCAAUCCGUUCUCUUCUUCCAUGUGAGGGUGAAGACGUUACCUUUCUUGAUAAAAUUGUGCGGGUGUGUUGUGUUUUGGUUAACAUGUGCCCCAGUGUGGUAGUGAAGCCAGACACACAUGAGACUUGUUCUUGUUAAUUAAUGAUUGUGAAAACUUUGAGUAUGUCUGUGAAGAAAUACUACUAGGAAAACCUUUUUUUUUGUGUAAUUGUAUGAACACACUGACAUCACAUUAUGUAACCAUUUCUGUAUCUGUAUACUAUAAUUGACUGUUUAUCAUAGCUUUAAACUCUGUGUUUCACUAAAAUAACAUUAUAAUAAAAGCCAGGUAACGACAAA